CCGAUAGCAGCUAUUGUUAAAGAUGCAGUAGCAUACGGAUUAAAUAUGGGUCUUGUUGAAAGUCGAGUCUUGAAAUCGUACGGAAUUGAGAACAAGAUUUGGAAGUUUGAUCUUUUAGAACAAACGUUUCUGUUAAUCAGUCCGAACCAAACAAUUGGUCGACCUAAAUACAUUAAUAAUAAUGAAAUGCGAUUACUUGGUAUCCUAAAAAUCACUUUACCCAAAAGGCCAUCACUAGGGUGCGAUCUUCCUGUAGAAUUUGGAUUAACUUUUGGCACGAUGGAAAUCAAAGCCGCUGCUAGAAUAAGUUAA